AUGAAAAGAACAUGUUGAGUUCAAAAUAUUAAGUUGGCUGUUUGACCAUUAUGCAUGUGGCAUAAAGCUUUUGGGAGAUACUAUUUGGAGUUUUGGACACCAAAUUCAAUUCAAUUCAAGAUUGUUGCUUUUUCUUUUAACUGAUCAUUCCCCAGCUUAAAAAGUAGAAAAAAAGCAGGAAUUUGAUAAAGGGUCUGUGUUAAGUUAACCCAAGAAUCUUGGUUUUAAGGAGUAGCUAUUAAUGGAACAGAAAAAAGGGAAUUUAGUUUUUGCAGUAAAUGGAGAGAGGUUUGAGUUGCCAAAUAUUGACCCCUCUACUACUUUACUUCAGUUCUUGCGUUCUGAGACUUGUUUCAAGAGUCCUAAACUUGGUUGUGGUGAAGGUGGUUGUGGGGCUUGUGUUGUUCUGGUCUCAAAGUAUGAUCCUAAGCUUAAAAAGGUCGAAGAUUUUAGCGCGAGUUCAUGCCUUACACUUCUUUGUAGUUUAAAUGGUUACUCAAUUACUACAAGUGAAGGCCUUGGGAACACCAGAGAUGGUUUUCACUCUAUUCAUGAAAGAUUUGCUGGUUUCCAUGCUUCUCAAUGUGGCUUUUGCACUCCUGGAAUGUGUAUGUCAUUUUUCUCAGCUCUUGUCAAUGCCGAUAAAGGAAACAAGCCGGAUCCUCCACCAGGAUUUUCUAAGCUUACUUCAUCUGAAGCUGAAAAGGCCAUAGCAGGGAACCUCUGUCGGUGCACUGGAUACCGGCCUAUUGCUGAUGCCUGCAAGACUUUUGCUGCUGAUAUUGAUAUAGAGGAUUUGGGGUUCAAUUCUUUUUGGAAAAAGGGAGAUUCCAAGGAAUUGAAAAUAAGUAAAUUACCUCCUUAUGAUCCAACCAAGAAUUUUAGUACAUAUCCGGAGUUCUUGAAAAGUGAAUGCGCCACAAAUUUGGACUCCACAAGGUACCCUUGGUACAGUCCUACUUCCAUUGAAGAGCUGCAGAGCUUGUUGAACUCCAGUGUGGCGGAUAAUGGUGCGAGCUUUAAACUGGUCGUUGGUAAUACAGGCACAGGUUAUUAUAAGGAAACUCAGCGAUAUGAUCAUUACGUUGAUCUCAGGUAUAUUCCUGAACUCUCAAUCAUCAAAAGAGAUCAGACAGGCAUUGAAGUGGGAGCAACUGUGACUAUCUCUAAACUUAUAGCAUUCUUGAAAGAGGAAAACAAAGUCAAUUUGGGUCCAUAUGGGAAGCUGGUGUCCGAAAAGCUGGUUAACCACAUGGAGAAGAUUGCUUCACCAUUUGUUAGGAACUCUGCUAGUGUGGGAGGAAAUUUGGUUAUGGCACAAAAGAAUGGUUUUCCUUCAGAUAUUGCUACAUUAUUUCUUGGUGUGGGUGCUACCGUUAGCUUGAUGACCGGUCAUGGACUUGAAAAACUCACAUGGGAGGAAUUAUUAUCGAGACCGCCAAUAGACUCAAGGACCGUGCUUCUAAGUGUUUGGAUCCCAUUUAAAGAAGAGAGUUCUCUCAAAACCUUUACUAAGUUUUUGUUUGAGACCUAUCGAGCUGCUCCCCGACCUCAUGGGAAUGCAAUAGCAUAUGUAAACGCUGCUUUUGGGGUUGAUGUUUCUCUCUGCCAGAACGGCAUCCUGAUAAACGAUAUCCGGCUGGCGUUUGGUGCUUAUGGUACAAAACAUGCAACAAGGGCUAAAAUGGUAGAGGAAUAUCUAACAGGGAAAAUAUUAAAUGCACAUGUUUUAAGUGAAGCACUUAAAUUAGUCAAACUAGCUGUGGUACCGGAAGAUGGGACUUUACACCCAGAGUAUAGAUCAAGCUUGGCCGUCAGUUAUGUUUUUCAGUUUCUUUAUCCCUUAGUUGAUGUUCAUUCUGCUAUUGUCAAUGGAAUCAAUGACAUCUCACUCGAGGAAGUUUCAAAAAGUAGUAAUGAUAGUCAGGGGAGAAAACAAACACUACUGUCUUCUUCUAAGCAGGUUGUGGAAUCAAGUAGCGAGCACUAUCCAGUGGGUGAACCAAUGAAGAAGGUUGGAGCUGCCAUGCAAGCUGCUGGUGAAGCUGUUUAUGUAGAUGACAUUCCGUCACCACCAAACUGCCUGCACGGAGCAUUUAUCUACAGCACAAAACCAUUAGCAGGUGUAAAAGGAAUCCAUCUUGAGUCUAAUUCAUUAACAGAUGGAUUCACCGACAUUAUUACUUUCAAGGAUAUCCCAAGUGGAGGGUCAAAUGUAGGAUCUAUUACAAUGUUUGGUCCUGAGCCUUUAUUCGCAGACGAUCUCGCCCGAUGUGCUGGCGACAGAAUUGCAGUUGCGGUUGCUGACACUCAGAGGUCUGCUGAUGUGGCUGCCACAACAGCCCUUGUUGAAUAUGACACUGUAAAUGUAAAUUCACCGAUUUUAACUGUCGAGGAAGCUGUUGAGAAAUCUAGCUUUUUCCAAAUCCCGCCAUUUCUAUAUCCAAAACAGGUUGGCGAUUUCUCAAAAGGAAUGGCUGAAGCUGAUCACAAGAUUCUCUCUGCUGAGGUAAGACUUGGUUCCGAGUACUAUUUUUAUAUGGAGACACAGACUGCCCUUGCAAUUCCAGAUGAAGACAACUGUAUGGUUGUUUAUACUUCAAGCCAGUGCCCUGAGUAUGCGCAAAAUGUGAUUGCCAGUUGUCUUGGUGUUCCUGAACACAAUAUCCGUGUUAUUACAAGAAGGGUUGGAGGUGGCUUUGGGGGCAAGGCAGUCAGAGCAAUGCCUGUUUCGACAGCCUGUGCACUUGCAGCAUACAAGUUAAGGCGGCCUGUGAGGAUAAAUGUCAACCGGAACAGCGACAUGAUAAUGACAGGAGGAAGACACCCAAUGAAAGUAACAUACAGUGUAGGAUUCAAGUCAAGCGGAAAGAUCACAGCAUUACAUCUUGAUAUAUUGAUAAAUGCUGGGAUUUCGGAAGAUAUAAGCCCCCUCCUACCAUCAAAUGUGAUUAAAGCAUUAAAGAAAUAUGAUUGGGGUGCCUUAUCUUUUGAUGUAAAAGUAUGCAAGACGAAUCUUACCAGCAAAUCAGCUAUGCGGGCCCCUGGGGAGGUGCAAGGAUCUUAUAUUGCCGAAGCUAUAAUGGAGCAUGUAGCGAGUUUACUGUCAAAGGAGGUGGAUUCUGUCAGAAAUAAUAAUGUUCAUACAUUGGAAAGCAUUAAUUUAUUCUAUGAUAACAUCGUAACUGAAGUAGGAGAAUAUACGUUGCCUAGUAUCAUGGAUAAGUUGGCCGUGUCCUCGAGCUUUUUCCAACGUAGCAAGAUGGUGGAACAGUUUAACCAGAAAAACACAUGGAAGAAAAAGGGUAUUUCUCGACUGCCAAUAAUGUUUGAAGCUAUGCAACGACCGACCCCAGGAAAAGUCAGUAUCCUGUCGGAUGGAUCAAUUGUUGUAGAGGUUGGAGGGAUUGAAAUCGGCCAAGGGCUAUGGACAAAGGUUAGACAGAUGACUGCAUAUGCUCUUGGUUUAAUUGAAAGUAGUUGGAGUGAAGAACUUGUAGGGAAAGUACGAGUCAUACAAGCAGACAGCUUAAGCUUAGUGCAAGGUGGGUAUACGGCUGGAAGCACUACAUCGGAAUCAAGCUGUGAAGCAGUUAGACGUUGCUGUAGUGUCUUGGUUGAAAGACUGACUCCUCUGAAGAAACAGUUGCAGGAACAAAAUGGCUCUCUUGAUUGGCCAACGCUCAUUCGCCAGGCACAAAUGCAAGCAGUAAACUUAGCAGCAAAUUCUUAUUAUGUACCAGAAUCCAGUUCCAUGAGUUAUUUGAACUUUGGUGCCGCUGUCAGUGAGGUGGAUAUAGAUAUUCUUACUGGAGAGACUGCCAUUUUGCAGUCGGAUAUUAUUUACGACUGUGGGCAGAGCUUGAAUCCAGCUGUCGAUAUGGGACAGAUUGAAGGAGCUUAUGUACAAGGAAUUGGAUUUUUUAUGCAUGAAGAAUAUCUUACAAACGACGAUGGGUUGAUGGUCUCAAAUAGCACUUGGACAUACAAGAUCCCAACAAUCGACACCAUACCCCAGAAUUUCAACGUUCAUUUGGUAAACAGUGGACAUCACGAAAAACGUGUUCUCUCUUCCAAAGCAUCUGGUGAACCGCCACUGCUACUUGCAGCUUCAGUCCAUUGUGCAACAAGAGCGGCUGUUAAAGCAGCAAGAGAACAACUCAAAGUUUGGGGCAAGCUCGACGAGUCUGCUUCAGAAUUCUAUCUGGAUGUUCCUGCCAUAUUACCUGUUGUGAAGACGCAGUGUGGUCUAGAUUAUGUGGAGAAAUACUUAGAAAGUUUACUGACUCAGAAAUCUAACUAAAUCGCGGAAUAUCACACAGUUGGAGACAUUUUCUGUGGCCUGGAUCACAAGGACAAGUGCUCAUUAUGUCUCAAAUGAUACUGAAUACUUGUUUUU